AUGCCAAGCUACAAGGUCGCGGACAGCGAGGUUUCGGCAAGACUGAUGAAGCCGGAACAGAAGCCUGAACCGGAAGUAUCUUCGACUAUAAAUACUCCAAGGACUUGCUCGGGAUGGCUGAAGUUGAUCGUUUUCUACAUGGUCUUCUAUUCGUUUCUCGCGAUGUUCACAUUGACCUAUUGGUCUUUCUACAUGCGGACGGUGGAUUUACGACACCCGCGCUACUACGGCAAGGAUUCGAUAAUAGGCGUGCUGCCCGGCGUCGGCUACCAGCCAUGUGACACGAUCGAUACGCGCGUUUGUACCCUGGAUGAUAUUCAUAAAGGUGAUUCUUCGAAAAACAUCAGCGCCCAACUACCCUGCCGUUUUGACCUCGCUGCCUUCGAAGAAGCCGGGUGCUCGGCUUCGAACAACUACGGUUACAUGUCUGGGACCCCCUGCGUCGCCAUCAGUUUGAAUCGUCUACUUGGUUGGAAGCCAACAGCUUACCACCCUGGCCACAUUCCAAGAGAGGUUUUUGGCCGCUACCAUCCGGGAUCCGUUGCCAUCCACUGCAAGGAAGCUAAGACGGAUAACAAGACACGGAACUUCAAGGACGUUUUGUAUAUCCCCCCGCACGGCAUCGAUGGGCGCUUCUAUCCCUAUACCGUCGUCCACAACUACCACCAGCCGAUCGCCAUGGUCCGAUUCUCCAAUGUAACUAGAAAUAGGCUCGUUACGAUUGAUUGCAAGGCUUAUGCGGGGAACAUCGUUCAUGACCUUCCGACGCGUCUUGGGCUGGUUCGGUUCGAAUUGCUGAUCCACGACACGGUCGUUGCCAAAAAUACCACGGUUGUUAUGAAGAAUGACGCGCCUGUUGUGGAAAAUGCAACGCAUACGACAGCGCAU